ACUUUCCUGCACGAGGCGGCGACACACCUGGACGUCUUUGAAUGGGGAGAAAGCUGGCGGAGUUGACUCAGCUGUCACUGGGAUUUCUUGGAGCGCUGCUCGUUUACUUGAUCAGAUUUCAGGAAGUCUCUUUAUUGUUGGGAGGCUCCUGCGCAUCAGCGAUUGUUGAGCCGUGAUUGCAGGAUGCAGUUUUGACUCGCCGUCCAUCCUUCAGCAUCAUGAGCCCCGACACCCGGAGUCUGAACUUUGUGAUUUUGGCAGCACUUCAGGCUUUAUCAGUGUCGUUGCUGAUGAGUCACAAGGUGCACUCUGCUGAAGGGAAACAUUCGGGGACGAUCGUUCCACAAAGACCGACAGCGAAGCAGAAACAUUACGGGACAACGGUGCCUCUUCAGCUUGUUGGAGGGGAAUGGACGCCAAUCAGCCAACUCAAAUCCCAGAGUCACCCGGCGUCGCUGCAGCUCUCGGUCGAGGCGGACGGCGAGCAGCUGCUCCUGGCUCUGGAGAAAAACGAGGGGCUGUUUGCGAGUAACUACACAGAAACCCAUUACCUGGAAGACGGCAGUGCAGUCACAGGCCCUACCAACUUCACGGCGAACUGCUACUACCAUGGGGAGGUGAAGGGACAUGUGAACUCAGAUGUCAGCGUCAGUACCUGUGCCGGCAUUAAAGGGUUUAUAUCUCUCGGAGGCAGCUCUUACGUACUGGAACCGUCUGCCGAUCGCUCCGAUGGGACUCACUGGAUCUACAGAGCAGAACACCUCAAUUUUGUUCCUGGCACCUGUGGCCACGGCUUCAACAUUACCUACCCUGCUGCACACGCCGACAGCAGCCCUUUCAAAGCCUUCAGCGCGAGGCAUAAACGGCACAUCCAGACAACAACCAAGUAUGUGGAGCUCAUCAUCGUGGCAGACAACAGAGAGUUUCAGAAGCAGGGCAAAGACAUGGAGAAGGUCAAGCAGCGGCUGGCUGAGAUCGCCAAUUACGUGGACAAGUUCUACAGGGCUUUGAAUAUCCGAGUAGCUCUGGUGGGACUCGAGGUGUGGAGUGAUGUGGACAAGUGUCCCAUCACCCAGGACCCCUUCACCACGCUGCACGAGUUCCUGGACUGGAGGAAGGUCAAGCUGUUGCCUCAGAAGCCGCACGACAACGCCCAGCUAAUCAGUGGGGUGUAUUUUCAGGGCACUACUAUUGGAAUGGCUCCCAUCAUGAGUAUGUGCACAGCCGAGCAGUCAGGAGGAAUCGUCAUGGACCAUUCAGACAACCCCCUUGGCGCCGCCGUCACUUUGGCCCAUGAACUCGGACACAACUUCGGGAUGAACCACGACACGCCGGAGAGGGGAUGCGGCUGCAGAGUCACGGUGGACCGCGGCGGCUGCAUCAUGACUCCGUCCACCGGGUAUCCGUUCCCCACCGUAUUCAGCAGCUGCAGCAAAAAAGACCUCACAGCCAGUUUUGAGAAAGGUGUGGGGAUGUGUCUGUUCAACAUGCCCGAGGUGAAGGUGCUCUACGGCGGGCAGAAGUGCGGCAACGGCUACGUGGAGGAGGGAGAGGAGUGUGACUGCGGAGAACUGGAGGAAUGUUUGAAUCCCUGCUGCAAUGCCAGUACCUGCACUCUGAAGGCAGAGGCUGUUUGUGCACAUGGACAGUGCUGCCACGACUGCCAGCUGAAGCCGGCGGGCACGCCAUGCCGCGAGUCCAGUAACUCCUGCGAUCUGCCGGAGUUUUGCACCGGCAACAACCCUCACUGCCCCUCCAACGUUUACCUCCACGACGGCCACGCCUGCCAGAACGUAGAUGGCUACUGUUACAACGGCAUAUGCCAGACACACGAGCAGCAGUGUAUCACACUGUGGGGCCAAGGAGCAAAGGCAGCACCGGGCAUCUGCUUUGAAAGGGUCAAUUCAGCAGGAGACCCUUAUGGCAAUUGUGGCAAGGAUUCGAAAGGUUCCUUUGCCAAAUGUGAAGCGAGGGAUGCUAAAUGUGGCAAAGUCCAGUGUCAAGGAGGUGCCAACCGCCCCGUAAUUGGCACCAAUGCUGUUUCCAUAGAAACAAACAUACCCCUGCAGGAAGGGGGAAGGAUACUGUGUCGGGGUACACAUGUCUACUUGGGCGACGACAUGCCGGAUCCCGGCCUGGUGCUGACAGGGACGAAGUGUGGAGAUGGCAUGAUGUGUCUGAACCGUCAGUGCCGGAACGUGAGUGUUUUUGGCGUUCAUGAGUGUGCAGCCAAAUGCAGUGGUCGGGGGGUGUGCAACAACAACAAGAACUGCCACUGUGAGGGUCACUGGGCCCCGCCCUUCUGUGACCAGGCAGGUUUGGGAGGAAGCGUUGACAGCGGCCCCAUCAGACUUGCAGAUGUCGGGAGUCUGACAGCGGGCAUCCUGGUGGCGCUUCUCACCGUGCUGGGAGCGGCUCUGAUCGUCUGCAUCAAGAGGAAAGCUCUGCUGGGCCUGCUCUUCACCAGUAAAAAGAACCCCAUUGAAAAGCUCAGAUCAGAAACCGCUGCAAUCAGCGGACCGCAGGCUCCAAACCAGCCUCCUUCAGCGAGCACAUCUCCAUCCCGCCCCGCCCCGCCUGUGCCGCACGGUUCCACCAUCUUCAAGUCUCCUCAGCGGGGGCCAGACGCAGGGCUCCCGCCGGGCCCCUACUCCACCCACAGCUUGCUCAGACUCCCCCAGUGCCCUCCGGUUCACCUCAGCCACCCAGUCCCGCUGUCUCUCACCUUGUCCCUCUCCCCGGGGCCCCGCCAGCUGAGACCCCCGGCCCCGCCGCCCCACCGAGCCCCUCCACCUCACGUGCAGGUCGCACCCAGGGGGGCGUCCUUUCGCGCCGCGUCACACCACAACUCCUGCAGGAUGGUCAUGGAGUUGGAGAAGCCCAGUCCUCCUCAGAAACCUCUCCCUGCUGAUCCAAGGAGCUCUCGUCCGGUGCGGAGUCCCUCCGUCCUGCAGGGCCACGCCACGGUCCAGAGGUCGGCAUCUGUUUGCAGGCCUCCCCCAGUGCCCGUCGUUCCCAGAACCGCUUGCCCUGUCCCACACGCCAACAAACGGAGUCCCAAGCAACCUCCAACACUACCAAAGCCUUGCAUAAUCACCAAUGUUAAAUACAGGAGCUGAGACUUUGGCCAGAAGGGACGUCCGCAGUGAUCCGCAGAAAAUUUGCACUAUGAAAACUCUGAAAACCUUAAAAAGAUGGUGGCAUCUCUGAGUUUUGAAUCAGAAGAUUUGCCGUGUCCCUUUUUGGUGCUCUGUCUCUGAAUGGUGCUACGAGUCUGAGCUCAGGUACAUGUAAAGUAUUUAUAUUCUGUAUUUAUUACCACCCAGUGCACUGUGCCAGACACUUUUACUACACGGUAGCAACAUUUUUUUAAUCUCACUUUUUUCAUAUCGAGCGAUCUUUCUGGUUGGGAUUGACAGAAAUAAAAGAAAAACAAAUCUGUGAAAUUGUGAUUGCAGAAAUGAUCCUGCAAAAUGUUUCAAAGGGAAGCCUUUGUGUCAUGGUUUUAUUUUCUAUACUGCAUGUAGAAUUAAAAAAAAGAAAAAAAGAGUAUUGUGCAAUGACGGAUGAAGAGAAUCGCUCUCUGUAGCAUCUUCGAGCCAGUCUGGCGAGACUUGAAACAACGACAGAAAAAAAUACAAAGGCGUCGUGGGAUGAAGCGCCGGCCUGUUCGCUUUUCAUCUACACGACAGAAAAUGAACCGGUUUGCCAGCAAAACCUGAGAAUCUCUGUUCAAGGAAGUGCACGCUGAGGAAUGAACUGAAGACACCUGAAAUGACUCGAGGUCCAGAGGGCACACAUCACUCUGGAAGGCAGACUUGAUGCCGCUCUGCGCCAGGGACCCAUCCAGCCAGGACUGCGCUCAGAAGCCGUCUGGCUACGAAGUCCAAACGGGGACUUGACAUCACUUUUUCCUCUGACGUGUGGACAGUUUCACUCGAAAAAGGACACAUCUCUUCUUCUGUGAAGUUAAACAGUUAUUAAAUGUCCAUUGGCCACCAAGCCACCAGUCAUCCAUGACUAACAGGUCAUUGUUCUUUGUGUUUUAGUUUUUUACCUUCACCUUGGCUGGUUUUAUUGUACUUUUAACUCCAAUGUAUCGUCUGGAUGAUAAAUCCAUCAUAAAUUGAUGUUUUACGUGCUUGCAAGAGCAUAUAUGUUCACACUGAGCAACAUUUGCGAUAGACACAGCUGUUCUCCACGACGGCCGGUAUGGAUCGGACCUUUGUGGAUGGAUGGAUCUUUGUUACUUUUGAUACUCGUAUCUUUAUAUUGAUGCACUUGCGUUGUUUACUUUGCUUUUCCAAUGCUCUGUCCACAUAGUAUUAGUCAGCAUUCUGUAUUUUUUUUUUUUUUUGUAUUUUGUGUUACAGGUGAACACAUUUUCAUGGAAAAGUUUACUAUUGUUUGAUACUUCAUAUGUAAAGACAAAAUCAAAGUGUCUCAUUGUCAAAUCAUGGUAUUUUGAACACACAAGCAGUAUUAGUAAAACAGUUUUUAAAACUCAGAGGAACAUUUGUGGGGUUUUCUUUGCGUCAUACCCAGAAUGCGCAUGUGCAAAGAGAAAUUAAAUUUAUGCGGUAUUUAGUUUUUAAAACACGAUUGCUCUGUAUGUUCAUGUAAUAACAUUCUGGCCAGGACCCUCAGUUGUCU